CUAAAUUCUGGAACAAUGGGAGAGAGUUGGUUUAUGAGGCAGUUGGUGCUGUUUGUGUGGUUUUGUGCUUUCUGCCAUGCUGUUCCAUGGAGGAGUAAUUCACCCCAGAUUCCUCAAGCUUCAGUCUAUCAACAACCUGGACAACAGUCUCCUCAGAUGUUUCAGUUUCAGCAGAAGCAGCAACAAAAACAACCGCAGCAUCCACCACAGCAGCAACAAAAACAACCGCAGCAACCACCACAGCAGCAACAAAAACAACCGCAGCAACCACCACAGCAGCAACAAAAACAACCGCAGCAACCACCACAGCAGCAACAAAAACAACCGCAGCAACCACCACAGCAGCAACAAAAACAACCGCAGCAACCACCACAGCAGCAACAAAAACAACCGCUGCAACCACCACAGCAGCAACAAAAACGACCGCAGCAACAACCACAGCAGCAACAAAAACAACCGCAGCAGCUGCCAGUGCUGAAAACGGAUCCUCUUAACAUGUGUAGCGUUGCUGAUUCUGAUCAGAUCCAAUGUGGACAACCUGGUAUCAGUGGUGCUGAGUGUGAAGCUAUCAACUGCUGCUUUAAUGGACAGCAGUGUUAUUAUGGGAUGUCAGUGACUGUCCAGUGUAUCAGAGAUGGUCAGUUUGUGUUAGUGGUGGCUAGAGAUGUUACACUGCCUCAUCUGAGUCUGGAUUCAAUCCAUCUACUGGGUGGAAGUGAUCCACCUUGUGCUCCUGUUGGUUCCACACCUUCCUUUGCCAUAUACCAGUUUCCUGUCACAGCCUGUGGCACGAGCAUGAUGGAGGAAAACGGUUAUGUGGUUUAUGAGAACAGAAUGACUUCAUCCUAUGAAGUGGGGAUUGGACCUCUUGGCUCCAUCACAAGAGACAGCCAUUUUGAGCUUCUCUUCCAGUGUAGAUAUUCUGCCACUGCUGUGGAAGCUCUGGUUGUGGAGGUCAACACUGUUCCUCCUCCUCCACCAGUAGCUGCUCCUGGACCCCUCAGGGUGGAGCUUAGACUGGCAAAUGGUCAGUGUGUCACCAAAGGCUGUGCAGAAGGGGAUGAGGCGUACACUUCCUACUACAGUGAUGCUGAAUAUCCAGUCACUAAGGUCCUGCGAGAGCCUGUGUACGUUGAGGUGCGCAUUAUGGAGCGGACCGACCCCAAUAUUGUCCUGAUGUUGGGACAUUGUUGGGCGACAUCAACCCCGAGUCCACUCAGUCUACCCCAGUGGGACCUUCUAGUUAAUGGAUGCCCUUACCAGGAUGAUCGUUACCUGACCACUCUGGUUCCUGUGGUUGGCUCUUCUGAUCUUCCAUUCCCAACCCACUACAAACGCUUCAUUGUAAAGAUGUUUACAUUUGUGGAUCCAGCAUCAAUGGCCCCUCUGCAGGAAACUAUCUUCAUUCACUGCAGUGCUGCAGUCUGCCAUCCUGCUUCUGGGUCCUGUGAGCAGAGCUGUGCUAGGAAACGUAGAGCAGUUGAUGUGGUGUCCACCUCUAGUGAGGGAGCUGUGGUUUCUAGUGGACCUGUUACUAUCAUCAUGACUUGAUGUGUUGUGCUGUUUUAAUAAAGUUUGAGUAAGUGUCA